GUAACUUUUGUGUCUUUAAGAAGAAGAAGUAGAAGAUGAAGACGAAGCAAUGGACACAGGCCACAUGGAGCCCGAGACCGGCACUGCCAACCCCCUGUGGAUGAAUCAGGAAUCAAUUGGAUGUCCCGAGUCAUCUGCUUUCACCAGAGAAAAAGUAUCUUCUUCCCAAGCCACGCCUUCCACAUCUGCGCCACGAGGAGAUGGCACAUUAGCACAGGAAUACCACACAGCAGCACAAGCAGAUGGCACAGCAGCACAAGCAGAUGGCGUAACAGAAGGAGAUGCUGUAGCAGGAGGAGAUGAUAUAACAGAAGGCGAUGAUAUAACAGAAGAUGAUGACAUAACAGAAGAUGAUUAUAUAACAGAAGAUGAUUACAUAACAGAAGAUGAUGACAUAACAGAAGAUGAUGACAUAACAGAAGAUGAUGAUGUAGCAGGAGAUGGUGUAGCACAAGAAGAUGACAUAGCAGAAGGAGAUGAUGUAGCACAGGAAUACCACACAGCAGCACAAGCAGAUGGUGUAGCAGCACAAGCAGAUGGUGUAGUACAAGAAGAUGAUGCAGCACAAGCAGAUGGUGUAGCACAAGGAGAUGGUGUAGCACAAGAAGAUGAUGUAGCAGGAGAUGGUGUAGCACAAGAAGAUUGUGCAGCAGAAGAAGAUUACAUAACAGAAGGAGAUGAUGUAGCAGCAGGAGAUGGCGCAGCACAAGAAGAUGAUGUAGCAGGAGAUGGUGUAGCAGGAGAUGGUGUAGCACAAGAAGAUGACAUAACAGAAGGAGAUGAUGUAGCAGGAGGAGAUGAUGUAGCAGGAGAUGGUGUAGCAGGAGAUGAUGUAGCAGGAGAUGGUGUAGCACAAGAAGAUUGUGCAGCAGAAGAAGAUUACAUAACAGAAGGAGAUGACAUAACAGCAGGAGAUGAUGUAGCAGGAGAUGGUGUAGCACAAGAAGAUUGUGCAGCAGAAGGAGAUGAUGCAGCACAAGAAGAUGACAUAACAGAAGAAGAUGACAUAACAGCAGGAGAUGGCGCAGCACAAGAAGAUGACGUAGAAGCACAAGAAGAGUACAUGGCAGCACAUGACGAUGACGACAUGAUGUCCCCAAGGAGCGAAUAUCCGGAAGAGGAGAACUGCUCGCCCCCGACAUCAUCUGACGAUGAGGAAACCUCGCGAGAGGACGCCGUCGAUGGCUUCCCGCCAGACUCCCCGGGCUUCUCGUACCCAGGCUCGCCCAUGUCCGUCGCAACAAACCUGGCGCAGGACGAUGGAUACGACUUGGAGGCCGAGCUGCAGCAGCAGGAAAAUUUCGAGUUGACAUUAUUCGGCGCGCCCAUUCCGUUGGAGGCAGUCGCUGGAGAAACCGCCGCUGAGAUGUUUAAAGCCGGAGCGCUGACCGAAGCCGCUGGGAACGGAGGCGACCCCGAGGAGGAGGGCCAAGGGGCCAGCUUCCCCUUCCCCUGGAGCGACUUUGGGGUUCAGGGCGACGCGGGUGGAGUUCCGGGCGGAGACCCCACAUUUACAAUGUUUUAGCGAGACGCUUUGCCAAGCACUUGUGUCGUUACGGUGGGCCCACCAAAGUCACGUAGAAUGGAAAUAAUAAAAUAAUAAAACAUAAUAAAAUAAUUCUCACGACGUUUCGGCCACAACGCAAGCAGCCGUCCUCAGGUGGAGAACAGGUCUGUCGGUAAAGUCACGUAGAAUGGAAAUAAUAAAAUAAUAAAACAUAAUAAAAUAAUUCUCACGACGUUUCGGCCACAACGCAAGCAGCCGUCCUCAGGUGGAGAACAGCGUCUGUCGAGAAGACGGAAAGCUUUAAAUCAAAAAAUGGACGCGAAAUUACAUUUUUAAAUCCUUUAUAUUAAGUUCGCUUGCUUGCGUGCUUGCGUGCUUGCUUGCUUGCUUGCGACCGUGCAAAUCUUUCGGUCGUUUUUUAACCCACUUCCCGUGAUCCAAUCGAGCUGACAUUUUGCACACAGACUCGUUGUGCGUGACUAUUGAUGUUCGUGAAAAAAAAAUUUUUUCCAAAAUUUUACACUGUUUAUGGAAAACAAAUAAAAUAUUUAAUUACCAAUUGUUUAAUACUGGCAGACAAUCAUCUGACCCAUAGGUGGCAGCCAUCUCAAGCCAGAGGACGAGAGGACUCUAGCCGCCACGCAUAUAAAGGAUUUAUAGUGAAAAACUUUGUUUUUACGGGUUAUACUUAUUGCCCGUAUUGAAACGGCUGUACGCCCUAUGAACCUGUAAGCUCAAUUCCCCUGUACAAGAAUACGGGGUGAACUGCGAUUGGUUGACAGGGUCAGAGUAACAGUGGGACACCAUCUUCUUGGUUCUUUCGGUAAAGUCACGUAGAAGGGAAAUAAUAAAAUUAAAAUAAUAAAAUAUUUAAAUAAUAAUAAAAUAACAGACCUGUUCUUCACCUGAGGACGGCUGCUUGCGUUGUGGCCGAAACAUCGUGAGAAUUGUAUUUUAUUAUGUUUUAUUUUUAUUUUAUUACUUCCCUUC